AUGAGUCCAGAUGACUUAGAUAGGGAACUUUUUAAAAACGGUCUCGGAAUAUAUGAAAUGCCAGCAGAUGAGGUACAAGAAACUCCACAGGAAGAAAUAGUUCAGAUACAACCAGACAUGGAAGAAAUAGUUCAGCAACAACAGCUAGAAGAGCCUGAAGGAAACGAACAAGUCACUCCUUUGGAAACUAACUUCACAGAACUAGAUGAAGAUUUGGAACAGCCGAAAAAUCUUGACCCUCAACAAGAGUAUGCGGAGAAUAUGGAAUAUUUCCAAGAGUCUAAAAAAAAUUCGGCUGACAUAGUAGAAGAAUAUCGAAAAAUGUUUGCCGACAUACAAAAGACUCCAGCACCAGAUGAAAAUAUUCAGCAUAGAAUGGAAGAACUGAAAAAAAAUGUACACAAAUACAACAACCCUUUUUACUUACGAGCAUUUAACGUUCAAUCUUCGGAUGAACUCGGUGAAGAUAAAAGGUUAAAUUUCAAGAAAACAUAUAGAAAUGAAACAUUGUUUAAAGUUCAUUCAGAACCUAACCAAGAUGGAAACAAACCUACUUUUGUUUCUGCAGACGAUGGAACUACAAUGAGAUGGGGUCAUAAAGCUAAUCCGGAUAGGUGGUUCAUAAACUUACAACCUCAAUUCCAAGAAGUUGUAGACGCAAUGGAAGUCAAUGGUGAACCAGAUAUAGCUGGUAUUUUCAGCGCGGCUUUAAUGCCAUUGAAAGAUAUGAAAGAUGCAGAUAUUUUGGACCAGUAUGAAAUGAACAUGGCUGAUGGAAAUAUAACACCUGACGUUCUAGAACAUUUAUCUCAAAGAACUAC